CACCAAACUCGCGCAAACACUUGCCCUCUUUCCACGCUUCCCUCGCCCCGAUCUCCCCGGCUCUCCCCCAACACAAACUUCCAUCCAUCUCUCCCCCCAUGCAUCCCCCCGCGCCGGCCGCGAGCGCGACCGCCGCCUUGCCGCUCGCCGCCUUCUUCUUCCCCAAGGACUCCCGCCCGCUCCCCUGCCUCCUCCUCACCUCCCUCCUUCUCCUCCUCCUGCUCCACCUCCUCUCCUCCUCCUCCUCCUCCUCCUCCUCUCCAUCCCCUCCCCCCGCCGCGCCGCACCUCGCGCCGCUCCCGGCCGCCGACGCCUCCUCGGCCGGCCCGGCCCCGCCCGCGCUCGCAUUCCUCCUCACCGGCUCCGCGGGCGACGCCGACCGCCUCCUCCGCCUGCUCCUCGCCACCUACCACCCGCGCAACCACUACCUCCUCCUCCUCGACCGCGCCGCCUCCGACGCCGACCGCGCGCGGCUCGCCCGCGAGGCGCGCACCGGGCCCGGGCGCGCCAACGUACACGUCGUCGGCGACCCCGGCUUCGCCAACCCGAGCGGCGCGUCCGCGCUCGCCGCCGCUCUGCACGGCGCCGCCCUGCUGCUGCGGGUCGACCAGGACUGGGAUUGGUUCCUGCACCUCGACGCCGCCGACUACCCGCUCGUCACCCCGGACGAUCUUCUGCAUGUCUUGUCAUAUCUGCCAAGGAACCUUAACUUUAUUCAGCACUCCAGUUAUAUUGGUUGGAAGGAGUCAAGACAGAUAAAACCCAUUGUUGUCGAUCCCGGUCUUUAUCUCUCAUCUCGGACUGACAUUUUUUAUGCCACUCAAAAGCGUGAACUGCCAAGUGCUUACAAAUUAUUUACUGGUUCUUCAUCUGUUAUCCUUUCUCGGAAAUUUAUCGAGUAUUGUAUCGUGGGGACAAAUAAUCUACCAAGGACUCUGCUGAUGUACUAUACUAACAUGCCCUUGCCACACAGAAAGUAUUUCCAGACAGUCCUUUGCAAUUCCCCAGAAUUCAACAGGACGGUCGUUAACCACGACCUACACUACUCGAUAACGGACAAAUCACCCAAAAACGAGCCCCGUCUGCUGACCCUUGCCGACGCAGAAAACAUCACUCAGAGCAGCGUAGCCUUCGGGACAAGGUUUGCCAAGGAUGACCCUGUGCUUGGCCACAUCGACGAGGAAAUCUUACACCGGCGGCCUGGAGAGCCAGCUCCAGGAGGAUGGUGCAUGGGUGCUGGGGACGAUAGUCCCUGUUCCGUUUCAGGUAACACCGAUGUUCUUAGACCUGGGCCUGAGGCUAUGAAACUCGCCAAGUUCCUUGCACAGAGGCUAUCUUAUCCAGGCUUUUAUUCUCAGCAAUGUAUAUGGGAUUGAUGUGUUGUGAACUUGUGAUUAUAUCAAUAGAAGAAAACCAUGUGUUUUAGUGUGCAAGCAUUUGAAGAAAAAGCAAAGUCUAGAACGGAGAGAAGUCGUGUGGCAUUUGGUGGCGCUUGACCUUUAUGUGACGCGGUAAAUAAUGUAGUAGUUCCGCAUUGACCCUGGGAUUGGCGGCUUGGCUUAAAGAAUACGGGAUUCUCUUUCCGGUGGAAAA